AUGUCAACAAUAAUCAUUAAUGAAGAUUAUGAUUCUGAUUUUGAGAUCUUUGAAUAAAGAAAUCAAUAAAGUAUAAACAUUAUAUAUUUUAGUUUAACAAUUAAAAGAAUAGUAAUUACAUUUUAAAGAAUAAUUGCUCUCUCAUAUUUAAAAUAAAGAAUAUGAUUGUAACUUAAUAUCUCCAACACCAUAUCCAAUGGAUCAGACUAUUAAAGAAAAGAAUUAAAAUAUUGAUAAACUUCUAUAAUUAAAUAAAAGUCAUGAUUUAGCAAGUGAUCGUUCAUAACCUUCAUCAAUUAAUUGUUUUACAACUAAAACUAGUAAGACAAAUUUAAAAGGAAACUAUUUGUUUAAAUAAAGUUAUUUACCUAAAACUCCAUCAACUAAAGCAGUGAAUGGGAUAACCACAAAAUCUAAUUGCAAUAAAAAUCAAAAAAAUUUCAAUAAAUAAAAAUCUCCUUCUAAUUUUUCUACUUGUGAACAAAAAUCAGCAAGAACUCCAGAACAACCUAAAAAUUAUAUUGGCAUAUUAUCACCUUCUCCUUAUAACUCAUAUCUAAAGAAAGAUUAUGAAAGCAAAUCAAAAUAAUAUAAUUUAUCUUCUUUCAUUCAUAAAUCAACUCAAAUAGAUAAAAAGACUUAACCUCAUUAGAUUAUGAAAACAGAAGAAAAUGAUAAAAGCAAAAAAUUGAAAGAAAAGAAGUUGGAAAAUAAGAUUCCCGCUCAAAAAUCAAAUAAGGGAUUUGAUUAAUGGUAUGAUUCAUAAAAGAAAUGGUAAUACUGUAUAUAUUAUGUUAGGUUGAAACAAACUGAGGAAAAAAUAUUCAAAUAAAAAUUGUAAAUGGAAUAGGAAUAAAGUGAGUAAGAACAAUUUAGUUAUUCUCCUGAAAUUCAAGAUGGUUCUAGAUUUAUAGUAUAGAAGAAAUACAAUAAUUCUAGUUUAUUAGAAAGACAGAAAUUCUAUCAAGAUGAAUUACAAUUCAAAUAAUUUUAAAAGAAAUUAAGAGAAGAGGAAGAUAAGAAAAUUAAUUAAAUUAGAAUAAGUCCAUUAUCAAGAAAAAUACUUAUGAGUGCAUCCCCUAAAUCUAAUAGUUCUUUUACAAUUUGCAACUCAUCCAAUUAAAAUUAUUCAACGAUAAUAAAAAAAUGA